CCCCUGAUUCACCUCACACCCACACACCUUGACCACCUCAAUGCCCGUUUCGAGACCAUGGAGCCCCAAGCAAUUCUGCAGAUGUGCACGCUUCUCUUUCCGAAUCUCUAUCAGACCACAGCCUUUGGAUUGACCGGGCUCGUCAUUCUGGACAUGCUGCACAAACUCGCUACGCCCACCUCCACCUCCACUUCUCCAGCAAUCCCUCAACAGCCUGAACUCAUCUUCCUCGACACCCUGCACCACUUCCCUGAGACCUACGCCCUGGUCGACCGCAUCAAGAAGCACUAUUCGUCCGCAGCUCCCCUCACAAUCCACACCUACAAGCCACAAUCCUGCUCGACAGCCGCAGACUUCGCCGCACUCCACAACUCCCCGGACUUGUGGACGACCGAUCCCGAGCGGUACGACUUCCUCGCCAAGGUCGAGCCGCAGCAGCGCGCGGAGCGGGACCUCGACGUCGCGGCCGUGAUCACGGGCCGCCGGCGUUCCCAGGGCGGCGAGCGCGGAGCGAUGCCCGUGCUAGAGGUCGUGCCCGCCGACCCUGCUGACACCAACAAGGGCAGCAGCAGCAUGAUGAUCAAGAUCAACCCGCUUGCCCGCUGGACAUUUGAGCAGGUCAAGACGUAUAUUGACGAGAACGGGGUGCCUUACAACGAGCUCCUCGACAAGGGGUAUCGCAGUGUUGGGGACUGGCAUUCCACCAGCCCGGUCAAGGAAGGCGAAGGGGAGAGAGAGGGUAGAUGGAAGGGGCAAGGGAAGACGGAGUGCGGGAUUCAUAACAAGAAGUCGCGGUACGCGAUGUUCCUGGCGGAGAUGGCGAGAAAAGAGGCGGAGAAGGCA